AUGUAUAAUUUUGAAAUAAUAUGUCGAACAUGCUCAUGUGAGGGUGAUUUACAAUCACUUUUCAUGGAUAUUCCUUUUAAAAUAUCAGAAAUAUUAACUGAAAUCAUCAACAUAGAGAUCGUCGAAGAUGAUAAUUUUCCACAACAAAUUUGCACGAAAUGUUUAGAAAAAUUAAAAAUUUGUUAUGCUUUUAAACAGCAAUGUUGGAAUGUUAAUCAGAAAUUUAAAGAAUAUUUAAAUAGCUCAAUAAUCAAAAUCGAAAAAGAUGAAUUCAUUGAAGAAAAUCAAUCUGAUUAUUUAAAUAGUCCUGAAAAUGAUGAAGUAGAUCAAUUUACAUUACCGGAUACCACGAGAAACUCAUUGAAAUGUGAAUCGUGUGGCGAACAGUUUCAAUCACAUGUAGACUUUCGUAAACAUCUAAAAAUUCAUAGAAAGGUGCAUUCACAUGCAUGUAAAACAUGUAAUCGUGAGUUUUCACAAAAAAGAAAUUUAAAUCGGCAUAUUAAACAAAAACAUCCGUCAGAAUAUCUUACACGUUUAAAACAGACUGUCGAGCUAAAAAAUCAUUUUGAAUGUAAAAUAUGCCAUAAAAUUUAUACGCGCAGGGGUAGUUUGUACAAACAUAUGAUAACACAUGAGGAAAAUAAAUUUUUAUGUAAUUUUUGUGGAAAAUCAUUUCCACAAAAUAAUAAUUUAAAAAUUCAUAAAUUAAUACAUACAGAGGAAAAACCAUAUAAAUGUAAGUAUUGUGAAAAAUCAUUUCGUCAUAAAAGUCGAUGUACUCUGCAUGAACUAAUUCAUACGGGAGUUAAACCACAUGAAUGUGAUAUUUGUCAUCGAGAAUUUCGAGAGAAGGCACAUUUAGUGAAACAUCGUCGUAUACAUACGGGUGAUAAACCGUAUAAAUGUAAUAUUUGUGAACAAAGUUUCCGGCAACAGACACAUUUAAAAUAUCAUAUUUUUACACAUAGUGGAGAAAUGCCCACUGAACAACAAAGUCAGGCUGAUCUAGGUACCGCUGGCUUUCAAGGGAUUGAAACAGCUGGCUCGUUGACACGAGAGGGUUCGUCUCAAACGCUCCUUUUAGCCAGUCAUUCCCAUAGGAAGAUACUUCGUAAUGUACCGAAUCAAUGGCUACGACACAGGGCAUGUGGCAAGACAAACUGUGUAUAA